AUGGACCUCGUUAUAGCUUUGCGCAAUGAGGUCAACCGGACCAACGUUGGGCGCCAGGCCUGGUCUCAAUUUAUCCUGCAGGAGGCAAUCCUCAUUGCUUCCACCCAGGUUCCACCGAGGGGUAACUACCCAGCCGGUCGCUUUCAUAGCUCUGCGACGAUCUCAAAGUCGUUCUUUACCCCCCAUGAGAUGGAAGUGCAUGAUCAGAACCUCACCGAGCGCGACAUGCCUUUUGUCUACAAUCUCAUACUGGCAUCCUUGAAUCGGGCUGGGGUGGAUGAUCCGGUUCAACCGGAUGAAGUCACUUCCCCGGGUCGUGAUGGCGCAGGGGAUAACGAUACACCUGAAGGACUCAAUGGGAUUUCUUAUGCCCAGGAGUCAGAUGGGCUUAAGAGGGCCCAACGCCGAGCACGCCGUUUGGCCACCACCAUUUGUGCCAUGAUGGCAUAUUCCCUGAACAGGCGGAAUAAUGCCUUCCAGCUGAACAACGCGGUCAGGUUCUAUGCCUGUGGGGUUUCGGACCGAGUCCACAAAUACUUGAAUUAUCUAGGACUCACUUCAUCGAGGUCCACCGCAUUGUCGGCCCUGAAGACGUUAGCUCAAGAGGGCGAGAGGGAAAUAAGGAAGGCCAUGCGAAUUGCUGGUGGGAUGCCGAUCAGUCCGACGAUUUGCAUCGAUAACAUUGAUAUUGAGCAACACGUCCAUCAGCUAACAGUAGGUAACCGAUCCCACAUUUUCAGAGGGACCUGGGGUUACAUCCAUCUACCUGAUAAACAACUGGUUUCAGAACUGGACCCUACUGAGCUGAGUCUAGAUACUUUCCUCAAAGCAAUGCGUAUGGUUGAACGCUUAGAGAUCCAACCUCAUAUGUUCCUUCCCUCACCAUCCGAGCAAAGACAUGAGAUCAAUGUCAUCAAGAGUCAGAUUGCGAAGGUCUUGUAUGAUUACCUUGCUAUUCCCACUGGCAAAUCGCAAUCCAUCUCAACCGAGCCGCCGCCUUUGGAUCCCAUCAGCCCAAAGAAGCCAGACCUUCUUAUGAUGAAGCUUAUGGAUGCGUCAGAUAACUCCGCCGAGGGUAUCGGGCAGGUCUUCCAAUCGAUCAUAGGCCAAACGGGCAUGUCCGCAAAGGACUUCUUUGCGCGCCUCCAGCCCAUGGAUGGGGACUUGGGCACAGUUCAGAACUUCAACUGUUUGAGAGCUCAACGAUUCCCCAGCUCAGUGCCCCAAAACCGCCUAGACAACAUCUUUUUCCAGCUUGGAGCCUCACACACGUUGUGGAAUAUAGGGUCUAACAUAUUCACUCAUCACUUUGGGAACCCCAAAGACACUGAUAAUUGUGGUGCCUGGCAACAUUUGGAGGCUUUGGGGUUCCCUUCGGAGAAGGCUAUCCAAAAAAAAGACUUCUCAUUAAUGAUCAAUCAGAUGGAACGUGUUUAUGAGGCGAUAGUUUAUUACUGCUUACGAGUUGUCAUGAAGAUCCAAGAUCGCAAAGUAGGGUGCGAUAAACUGAAAAUACCCACUGGUCAAUGGGAGAGUAUAGUGAAUGAGUGUUAUGAACGCUUUUUGUCACCACAAGCGCGCUCGGCGGCCGCUGCCAAAGGCCCCUCGCAUCACAAAUUGAGCAACACUUUGGUUCAACUACACGAUUUCUCCACUGUAGUCAAAGCAAAACGUGCUAUGAAGGCCGGCGACAUUGGCCGAUUGCUACUUGUUUGGAAGAAAUGGUCGCUUAUGUCUCAGGCGCUCAAGGGGUUGACAAAUUAUUCAUCGUACCUUCCCAGGAUGGUCUUACUGUUAACCGUGGUACUACCUCCUGGGUUGAGUAAGUACCUAAAGCACAACCUGCUAAUAUCUCCAAGCGGCCGACCGGGGCACUUUGUUGCCAAGGAUUACUGGCUGGAAAUCCAGAACUAUUGGAUCAAGUUCCUGUACAACAAUAAUGGUACUGCAACCCAGAUCGAUCGCCUCCGCAAUGUAUUCUCUCUUAACAUCUUCCUGGUAAGUUAA